UCGGCCCUGGGAGUGGCUCCAGACGGUUAAACCAGUGGGCUGGGCCCGAGCCCAGUUUCCUGGGUUCGGUUCGACCUUGGUCGCUGUUCCCUUUCGGCACUAGUGCAGAAUCCAGAAUGGAUGUCCUCUUUGUAGCCAUCCUUGCUGUUCCACUCAUCCUGGGACAAGAAUAUGAGGAUGAAGAAGGACUGGAAGAGGAUGACUAUUAUCAGGUGGUCUAUUAUUACACAGUCACCCCCAACUAUGAUGACUUUGGUGCAGACUUCACUGUUGAUUACUCUAUGUUUGAGUCAGAGAACAAGCUGAACAAGUUGGAUAAGGAGGUAAAUGAAGCAGUAGAGACUACCAUAAGUCGUGAAACAGACCCUGCAGACCAUCAGAAGCCUGUAACAGAGAAACCAGUGACAAUGGAACCAUUGCAGGUCCCGAUGUUUGGGUACUCCGGGAGCUGCUCUCCAGCCCCUACCUCUGAACCCAUGGAUUCUCCAUCUAGCGUUUCUUCCUACUCUCUUUAUUCCUCUUUUUCCACCUCCCCAGUGAACAGUGACUCUGGCUUCCCCUCGGAUAGUGAGAGGGAGGACAAGUGGGCCCAUGGCCCCAGGCCAGACACUGUUGGUCAGAGGGGAGGUUCUCGGCCCAGCCCUGGUCCUAUCCGCUGCAGGCAACGACCCAAGGUUUCCAGUAAGCAACCUACAGCAUCUCACUUGGAACAGCGGGUCUUGGCUUCUUCUAUGUCAGGAUCUGGGGUCAGAAGAUCAAGAGGUGGUGAAUUGGAGACCAGUCUAAACAUCCAGGGUUGUACCACAGAAGGAGACCUGCUCUUUGCUCAGAAGUGUAAAGAGCUCCGAGGAUUCAUACCCCCUCUCACAGACCUACUGAAUGGACUGAAGAUGGGUCGAUUUGAGAGAGGAUUGAGCAGUUUCCAGCAGAGCGUAGCAAUGGACAGGAUCCAGCGUAUAGUAGGUGUUUUGCAGAAGCCACAGAUGGGAGAGCGUUAUCUAGGAACCCUGCUACAGGUAGAAGGAAUGUUAAAGACUUGGUUUCCUCAUAUAGCUGCCCAGAAGUCAUCACUGCAUAGUCAGCUGACCAAGCAUUCUCCAGGCCACCACAGUUAUCCAGCUGCUUCCUCUCCUGCACUUUCUGUGGAAAAGAUGGACCAGACACAGCUAGGACAGCUAAUAUUGAAACCAAAGCAGCCUUGGCACCUCACUGAAUGGCCAGCUAUGAACCUCACUUGGAUCCACACUACUCCAAUUUGCAAUCCCCCUCUCAGUUCCCCAGGUACCGUCUCCUUUAGCCAUGGUCCUUUAGGCACUGGAACCAGCAUUGGUGUCAUCCUUUUCCUCCAGCAUGGAGUACAGCCCUUCACCCACUCAGCCCCAACCACCCCAGUUCCAUCUACUACUACAGCAUCUCCUGUCAUCCCUGGUGAUCCUAAGAAACUAUCUGGAGAGGGGCCUUGUUGCCACAAUUUGCCAGUAACUCUGCCAUCAGACUGGAGCCAUACCCCAUCCCCUCCUGGUCUACCCACCAUGACCAGAGAGAUGACCAUGGGAGACCUAGAACAGAUGAGAAGCCAUCCUUCUAUUGCUCCUGAUGUCCAUCCCCUCAAUCCCUAAUGCAGGACUUGAGACGUAGUUUCUAAUUUGUGUAAAUAUAUGUCUCUCUAUAUACUUUUUAAACUGUUAAUGUGUGAAUUUGUGU